AUGGGGCUUGAGUGCUUUUUGCACCUAUUCAAGAUCAUCAAGCCGAGCUUUGCAUUCUACUUUUCAAUCCUGUUCUGGUGGUGUAUCCAAGUUCAGCUUCUUCUUCAGAUCAUCAUCAACCGCAUCCGCGUUAUUGUACCCGACCGCAGGCGCUCGAAAAUGAUCAUGAUUGUCACAGCGGUAUUCGUGACCGCCAUCAACAUUAGUGUGUUCAACAUUUGGAUUCCGGCGCGAUUGCAAAUUAGCUCAGAAUACCAUUAUAUCAACGAAUGGUGGGACAGAGUCGAAAAGGGCCUUUAUCUCAUUGUUGAUGCUAUGUUGAACUGGUACUUCUUACGAACCGUCAAAUCCAAUCUCAUCAACAACGGCCUUACCAAAUACAACAAGCUCGUGCGCUUCAACCAGAAGAUGGUUAUUGUCUCGCUUCUAAUGGACGUCAUGAUCAUCGCGGCGAUGUCAAUCCCGAACUCGUUCGUUUACAUUCAAUUUCACCCCCUUGCCUACCUCGUCAAGCUCAAUAUCGAAAUGACAAUGGCCAACCUCAUCAAACGCAUCGCAAUCUCCACCUCCCGGAAGACUGGCAUGGCAUCCAUCGCAAACGAAUUCAGAUCCUCGUCAAAUAUGUCCGCCACGCAUCACCAAGCCGGUACAGCAAACCACGCCCACUGCGCUUCUGCCAGCCACGAACUCUCCAGCUUCCACAGCUACACCAUCGACACCAAAGGCAGCGACCGCAUCAUCAGCUUCGCGCCCACUGGCAAUCAGAUCAAAGAAACUAAGGAAGUCAUCGUGCACACUGAGCCGAAUCCAGACUACAUGAGAAGGGCCUCUGAAGUGGAGAUUACGGGUGGCCAUGCAGUGAGUACGAUGGAAUUGCAUGUUGAAGAUAGGGGGCUGGGCAGGCAGAUGAGUCUGGAUGAUAUCACAGAGGGCAAUGAGAGUUUGAAGAGUUGUGCAACCGAGACGCCCAAGAGGGCGUAUGAUAGCGAUGAUGAGGCUCAGCUUGUAAAUCAGAAGGCUUGGGGGUGGGCACCUGGACGGCAGAGCUGA